CUAUCGCAAUCAGUACCGUGAUAUCUCGUCACUCGGGCGCACGUCACAAGCCGCUCGAAUUAGACAUUGCGACCAAAUUGUUUACCUCGACACUAGUCAAUAAUAACCUCUGUUUACGGUCUAAACACAGCCGAAAACCUUACACGCGAUUCUAAUAGCUACUGACAAAGAUUAAAGAGUGAAGAUGGGUGUGCCAAUGGUGAAAAACUGUUGUUUCUGUGUCAGUUUACACACAGGUACACUAAUUAUUGCAUAUUUGUAUACAAUAUGGGCUCUCCUCGAGCUGGUAGGUUAUAGCCUGGUGGUCACACUGGCUCCACUAGGGCAGGACGGGAAGGUGUCCCUGCACAAGUACGUGCUGUUCAUCACGGCGGCCUCCGUCAGCGGGGUGCACCUGCUCAGCUCCAUACUGCUGGUAGUUGCCGCGUAUAAAAAACUACCAUGGCUGACGCUGCCCUGGACAAUAGUGACGGGCAUCCUGACAGCACUAUUCUUCGUGAUGUGUCUGACGGGCAUCAGCCUCAUCCUGCAGGACUCGGGCCAGCAGCUCGAGCUUGAAGCAGUCAUAAUCGCCGUGCAUCUUGCCAGAGCUUUCAUAUCGGUAUACUGCAUCGUGGUGGUACACAGCAGACACAAGGAGAUGAUGCUGCAGGAAGAUGAGGCGAAGUUCCAGCACUCCGGACGUAUCUACAAGGCGGUCAAGACUGACGAACAUGGACUAUAAAUUUUAUAAUAGUACUUUACUUUCUCACCGACAAUCAAUUUAUCAUGCUUCCGCUGCAACGAUUGAUGAAUUAAUGAGUGAUGGACAGGAAUUUGGGCUGAAAUGUUAACGGAGAAUGUUGUUGACCAACGAAUUUUUAAAGGCUAAGGAACGUUAAUAAUAAUCGUAUGGUACGUACAUUUAAAUAAACACUAGCAAAUAUGCAAGUCGCAUGACGCCAAAGAGAAAAAAAUAAAAAUAAUAAACACUAAUGUACCAACCUAGUACCUAUUAAGUACACGUUUUUCUAAGUAUUGGCUGUGUGUUAUUUGUAUUUAAUUUAUUGGUACUACUUAUAAUAAUUGUACAUUAACUAUUUAUUAUAUAAUAUUUCAAAACCCUGUA